AUGAGCCCAGCUGAGCAUGCAAGGGAGUUGGCGAGGCCUUAUUUAAUGGAGUUUCUGGCGCGGGCUUACCUCGACUACGACAUCGCCAUCUGGUCUGCCACCAACAUGACUUGGAUUCUAGCCAAACUCUCUCAGCUUGGCCUUAUUCCACGGUCUAUCGUUUCCAUGAUUGAGUCAAAUUCAGACUCACGCCAGGGCGAUAUCAUAUCAGCCAACGAGCAAAGCGGUCUUCCGUUUAGGAUAUGUCUUCUAAUAGAUUCAACAGCUAUGAUCAGUGUCCACUUUCCUGAUCUUGGCGUUAAAGAAGUAGGUAUUUAA